AUGUUAGCAGCUGUGGGCGAAAGCAAGCGCAUUACCCUGUUAGACUCGCAUCAGCAUACAACUGUAGCCGUAGUGUAUAAUGCCCAUAUAUCACCCAUAGGGCACGUGAGGUUCAUCCGCGAUCACUUAUUCGGCACAUGUGGCAAUGACAAAAGGGUACUUCUUUGGGAUGCAAGGAAUCUGAAGUCAUCCGUUCGAACCCUGCGCGGACACAGGAACCACGUGCGCAACCUUGAAUUUUCAGCUAGAGAUGGAUUAUUGCUAUCUAGUGGUUUCGACGGACAGAUAUUUGCUUGGCAAAUGAACUACUUCGGAGAAAACGACGAGGCUAGAAAUUUAAUUCUCCGUUUUGGCGGACUGACUCGCAUGCGUUUAACUCCUGACGCGUCGAAACUAAUAAUUUCUACAAUGGACGGAUACCUCCUAGUAGUGAACAAUCUCGUUUUAUCCACUCUGGCGGAUGACUAUGACGGAUUUAGACCUAAUCUUUAUAGAGUUAUGCAAAAGACCGGCUUACCAUUGCCCUCCCCCCGUCGAUAUGCCUAUUUGUUUUCAAGCUCCCGCAAACGCAACCGAGCUACAAUAAUUUCAGACUUCCCAAAAUCUGACAAGGCCGAAAUUAUCUCAUCGUUGGAGCUACAUCCGCAAGGAUGGUGCACGGUUAGCCGCAACUUAGCUCUCAACAACGAGUCAGAAUGGACGUGUGUCCACGAUAUCCAAGAUAUGCCUUCUUCAGAGGACGAGUCUGGCCCCGAAGACGACGCGGACGACAACGCGUCGGAUGUCACUUGUUUGUCCGGCGGCGAAUUAGAGAGCGACCUGUCGUCCGAUUCUGCUGACGGCGGCAGUUUGAUGUUCGAGGACGACGCCAGUGAGUCCAGCGACUCGUCAUCUCGGCAUCAGCGCGUGGGAAUAUUGCGUAGAACCUAUAGCUGGAUGCAACGCUACUCGUCCGUGGCAGCUGAUGCAACCCCAGAGCCAUUAGGCGCGUCACCGGGCAGAAGUGCCUGGUCUCCGUCCGCCGAAAUGGAAGGCAUGCUGGCGGCAGGCCACCCACACACUCUCGACGCGGCUCCUCACGCGGACAGCGUGGCCAGGGCCCGGAAUGCAGCAGGGGAUGCUGCGGGAGCAUCUGGUGCAGGUGGGUUCGCGCGGUCCAGCGGUGCUGCGUCCUCAGCCUCCGCCCCGCAGCCCUGCACGCCCUCGGCCGCUGGAGGACCCUUCCCGGAAGCCACUGGAGGAUUCGCCGAGGGCGCCGAUUCUUGCUCGCUCGGUCCUCAUCAUCCUCCCCCCUCAGUCUGGUCGACCUUCGUCCGCGAGACAGGAGGAGAUGCUACAGGAGAUUCCACGGGAGAAUGCAGUGCUGGCGAGAUCGCGGGGCCCAGUGGCACUACUGUCUCAGUCAGCGUCCGACCGCCCUCAGCUGUUGGAGGAGACUUUAAGGAAGCAGCUGGAGGACGUGGGGAGGACGAAAGCGGCGCUUCUUCCUCACCCAGCACCCAACCUGCCUCUUUCACAUCCCUGUGGUCCUCAGCCACCGGUGCAGCCCCGGGGGGAGCCAUGCCAUGGAGGUGGCGGAGUGAGUUGCCGGCGGGGCAGCCGGGAGAAGCAGUCGCUGGGACAUCCACGCAUGCAAGCGCCCAAGGUGUAGUGCGGCGUAGAGGCCUUCAUACAGACCAUGACGUCACGAGAGCAGGACGGUACAGUGGCAGAGACCACAGAGCGAGUGAAGAUUCACGGGAGCGGAUGCAGGAGAGGCAGCAACGAGAGGGAGCUCCCCCCGACGCUUGUGGGAGGAAUUUCUCGCGACAAAUCGCACCGACCAGUGUGUCCGUUCCCCAGAACAGCCCAAGGUUAACUCACUUUAUCCAAGAGCUGAACAUUCACAGAGGUCAUAUAAAGGAAGUAAGUUUCUCAGCCGAUGGUCGAAUCAUAUGUUCUCCUUUCCACCAUGGAGUAAGGCUUCUAUCGUUUGCUGAAAGAUGCUCCGAGUUUUCUUCCUGUUACCCGGCAAAUGGUCCUGUACCCCUCCAUGAGUUAUCAAGGUUUCAAUCCCAUAAUAAAACAGUUGUCUCGACAGCCUUUUCCCCGCGGCAUAUGACGUUGGUCACAGCCUGUCUGAAAGGCGAAAUUCUUUGGAAUGAACCUCAUAUGUAA